GUGAGCCUGGUUAGUGCAUAAUAAUUGUGUCAGGGUACAGUGUUGAAUCCUUGACGUCUGAUGUUUCGCCCACGUGAACCUUGACUCAGCAAUCUUCAGAGGCCUAUAUUAACCUGGCGAGGAGUCACUCGUCUUUCAGGUCUCAGACUUCGAGGAGUGUGCUAGCCCCACGCCUGAUCCCGGCCCUCGGUUCGAUUCUUAUCGCUUCUCCAGUGGGUUACUGCAAGUCCGGUUCAGCUCGGAAAAUUGAAGUGGGAGGGGGGGGGGGGGGUGUUACGUUGGUCGAUCAAAUUGGGAGCUAUGGCUUCCUUCAGAGCCGGUGCGGCAGUGUCUCUGUGCCUGAUGACACUCGUGACGAUGCUCAGUGUAGAUGCUCUCACCACUGACUUCUACGCCAAGUCGUGCCCGCGAAUUCACUCCAUUGUCAAGGCGGAAAUCAAGAAAGCUGUAAAUGUCGAGAAGAGAAUGGCCGCCUCCCUCAUCCGCCUCCACUUCCACGACUGCUUCGUGCAUGGAUGCGAUGGAUCGAUACUCUUGGACAGCAUCCCAGGAAUGGAUUCAGAGAAAUUUGCACCCCCGAACGACAGAUCUGCAAGAGGGUACGAGGCGAUUGAUGCCAUCAAGGUCGCAUUAGAGAAGGCUUGCCCCAGGACAGUCUCAUGCGCCGACAUUUUGGCCAUCGCAUACCGUGAUUCAGCUGUUGAGGUUGGGUUGGUACCCGAAUAUCCAGUGCCCUUCGGUCGCCGCGACAGCCUGAGAGCAGCUCCUAUCGCUGAAGUCAAUUUACGGCUGCCAGGACCAGACUUCGAUAUCUCCACAUUGAAAGCAAGCUUUGCUAAUCAGAGCUUAGACGAGAGAGAUCUUGUCGCGCUGUCCGGUGCUCACACAAUCGGCAGAGUUAGAUGUCAGUUUGUCAGAUUAUUUCUCAACGACCCCGGUACGAACGCAGACUUCAAAAAGGAACUGGCCAGAUUAUGUGCACCAACUGUCGACGCCUUCACACUGCAGAACUUGGACCUGAAAACACCAGAUAAGUUCGACAACAACUACUACAAGAACCUGCGAAGAGGCGAGGGCAUUAUCCGAAGCGACCAGGUUCUGUGGAGCUCCGAAGGCACUCAUCAAAAAAUCACAAAGGACUUCGCAGAGAACCAGGAGAACUUCUUCCGCCAGUUCAUAGAGAGUAGCAUCAAGAUGGGUAAGAUCAAGCCACCCCCAGGGAGUCCUAGUGAGAUCCGGUUGAACUGCCACCAGGCCAAUCCCCGGCCCCUCAUCGAGCAGGUUGUGGCUGUCGAGUGAUUUGCUUGCUUCGACAUGUGGACAAUCGGCGGCUUCAUCACGUUCUGGAAGGCCGUCGAAAACGAGUUCUGCCCUCUGCGAACAAGAUUGAAAGAUGGUAGUGGAAUGAAUUGGUGAAGUUUGUCAUUCCAUUUCGAGGGCCAGGAGAGCAAUUUGCAACAGUAUAAACCUGAUAAGUUAUGAGGAGGAUUGUGCAAUGUCGGUGCUGUCAUGUUGGUGCAGGAAGACGGUGCCCUGUUUUGUUUUCAAGGACUUGUCAAUUCUGUUUGUGUUCUUGCUUAGACGAAUGUAAAUGCAGUUUUAUAAAGAAGUUUUUUGAAUAUGAAAUAGUUGCUGAUUAUUGGUGCUCUGGUGCUCAAA